UGAAGAAGAAAGUAGAAAAGGCCUAAACACAAACAGCCGGCCGCUCGAUCGUCCCUCUCUUUCUUUCUUCGUCCUCCGAAUCAACCGUCUCAUCUGUUCAAGGUUUCUCGCCUCUGCAAUAUUUGCUGUUAUCUGUUUUCAGUUUUCUCUUUCCAUUUCUCUCCGACGAACAACUGUUUAUUUAUAGAAUUCAAUCGAAUUGCGGCAUCUUGAUUUCGCUGGAUAGACUUUCCUUUGCUUAAUGAUCUGGUAGUUCGCAUAGAUCGUUUGAAUUUUAGGGCGGUUUCUUGUAAUUUAUAUUUUAGAUUACCGUUUAUUACACUGCUGAUUGGGUUGUGCGAUGCAUGUCAUAUUUUGAUAAUCAUUUUUUAAUUCAUUCGUAAUAAUGGCUCCGAUUUAAGGUCUUGAGCUGCUUUUCAGUUGGUUGACUAUUUUGAUUUUGUAUGUAGCUCAAUCCUGUUGCUGUAAUUGGUAUUUUACUUAUUCACUUUUAUUUUAUGAUGUGGAGUUUUGAGACUAAUAGAUUGCAUAAGUUCAUUGUUGUAUAACUUGUAUCAUUCGUAAAUCACUGUGCAUUGGACCAAUUUUAACGAGAUUGAUUUGCUUUUCAUUUAUUUAGACACCGUGCAUAGAUGUUGAUGCCGGUAUUUGCACGAAAUGUGGAGCCACAUUACAUGAAGAUUGGAUUGGAAAAAUUUAGAAUAUAAUAGCUGGAAUGGAAGGUUAAUUUAGGUUGUGUCUCUAACACAUAGACACAGAGACGAAAAAACAUGAACUGGAGGUUGAUUUUUUUAAUUGAUAUCUUUACAUUGAAGACAACAAUGUUGCAAGUUCCACUGUAAAUUUAACAAAUAGACACAGACGAGUGCACUCAAAUUGCUUUGUUUUAGAUUCAUGCAAUGCCUCCUUGAGCUAUGACAGGCCAUGACCUGGUUCAUUUGGGGGCAAUGGGAUUUCUCCUUUACCUUCUUUCCUAAUUAUGUUGCCUGGAUUUUGAUAUACAAGGCAUAUGAGCCAGUUCAAUAAUUAAACACUUGGCGGAUGCAUUGAUUUCCUUCCUAUUUUUUAUGUUGGAUAUCUCAACGUUUGGUCUGUAAAAAUCACAGCAGGCAGGAGAAAUAGAACCUUGAUGCACUUUCAGAGAACCAUAUGACAAGGCUGUCUUCGCUUAUUAUUGCGCCAAGUAAUUUAUGUUCGAGUUUCAAGUGUUUUAGUGGAAUAUCUUAGCUAAUUUAAUCAGUGAUGUGGCCCUUAUAUCUCCUCUUAAACAAAUUUCUGAAAGCGGAAGAUGUGAAUGUUCGUUGCUCAGAUGAUCCUUCCAGUUUGGUUGAAUCCCACCUAUUCCGGCAGUUAAGCAGUGAAAAAUGUCAUGCUGUGACUUUGCCCCAUUCCCACUUUGUUGAAGUCCCACACAUAAACCAGCAACGGUCAUGGGAUUGUGGUCUUGCUUGUGUUUUAAUGGUUUUGAAGACUAUUGGGAUCGACAGUUGCGAUUUAGAGACACUGGGGGAGCUCUGCUGUACGACCAGCAUUUGGACGGUUGAUCUGGCAUAUUUGCUGCAGAAGUUUUCUCUUAACUUUUCCUACUUCACUGUGACCAUAGGAGCAAACCCAAAUUUUUCCAUGGAAACAUUUUAUAAGGAUCAGUUGCCUAAUGAUCUGGUACGAGUGGAUAAGCUAUUUCAAAAGGCUUUGGAAGCUGGAAUUAAUAUACAGUGCAGGUCAAUCAAUGGAGAAGAAAUUUCUCUCUUAAUCUUAUCAGGGAAAUAUAUUGCAAUUGCUUUAGUUGACCAGUAUAAGUUAAGUCGGUCUUGGCUAGAGAAUGUUUGUGUGUCAGACAUCUAUGGUGGGAACUCAGGAUACACUGGUCAUUAUGUUGUGAUAUGUGGCUAUGAUGCUCAUACAGAUGAGUUCGAGAUUAGAGACCCAGCCAGCUCUAGGACCUAUCAUUGGGGAAGACGAUUGGCACUGCUAAGACGUAUGAGGGACUCUAUUACUUUGAGGAGGCAAGCUUGAGUGAACAAUGUUUCAUGCCUGUUUUCUGGACUUUGCUGAUUAAUGGUGGAUGAAUGAUGGUGGCACCAGCUCUGUUUAUAUGACACUUUUUUGCGAGCUUGGAAUGGAUCAUGUAUUUGCCUUCUCAGACUUGGGGAAACACCAAUCUAACUCAGGACAAUAAUCUAACGCAGGAGAAUAGUAUUGAUGUUAUUGGUUGUUGAAAGAGUUCAGUUUAAAACUAAUGAAUUUAGUAGACUGACCAAUUUAUGCCAGUUAAUUGUACAGUUAUAGUUGACACAAUAAACUUGGUCCACACUGGGAGGUGACAUUUGCUUUUAUGUGCACUGCAGAAACAAUUUUACCAUUCAAGUAGACAUGUAGUAAUUUCC